AUGCGUGUCCGCUUCGAGGAGCCAAUGCGUGCGGUGGUCAUCACGCGACCCCGGCCCAAGGCAUUUCGCAUCUACUACAACCAGGCAGCACCAACCGGGACGAGUCAGCUGCGACUGGUCAACUGGUACGAUAGCGACAACCUGGGAUUACAGCGAACUCCUCUUCUGCCCAGCGCCGCCUCGGUCUAUUCCAAUUUCGAGGGUCGCGUCUUUCGAGUGCCCGUUUUUCAUUCUCCGCCCUGGUUCUGGGUGAGCUACAGCAACGAGAGCAGCGCAGUUUCACAACCGACUAGCGAUGAGUCUGCGGAGGAGUUCGAGCACAUGGAGUACAAUGAGGUGAAUGUGACAGGAGGACGGGAUCAUCGACUGUUGCUGCUUUUGGCGCAGCACAUGAACUUUCAGUUUGUCUACAUCGAGGCACCUGGAAGGACUCAAGGAUCGCUGCGUGCUCCAGCUGAGAAUGGCGAUACAAACGAUAGCUUCACUGGCGGCAUCGGACUGCUCCAAAGUGGCCUGGCGGACUUUUUCCUAGGCGACGUUGGCUUGAGUUGGGAACGUCGCAAGGCGAUCGAAUUCUCUUUCUUUACACUCGCGGACUCGGGCGCCUUUGCCACACAUGCUCCGAGACGCUUAAACGAAGCGUUGGCCAUCAUGCGUCCCUUUAAGCUAGACAUCUGGCCAUAUCUAAUUCUGACUAUUGUGUUUUCCGGUCCCAUCUUCUAUGGCAUCAUUGCGCUCCCUCACAAGUGGCGGCGUCGUCAGGUGGCACUCGAUGUGGAGCAGCUGGGCGAGCUUUGCAUUUACAUGGCCUACAUCAAGGAGAUUACGCCCUGUGUGUUGCUCAUGAGAUCGAGACGUCCAAGACGUACUCCACCUCAAUCUGAGAUGCCGCCGCAGCUCUUCGAGCGUUGCAUCUGGUUCACGCUGCGUCUAUUUCUCAAGCAAUCUUGCCACGAGCUGUACCACGAUUAUCGGGCCAAGUUCCUGACCAUCGUCUACUGGAUUGCCGCCACAUAUGUGCUGGCCGAUGUCUACUCUGCGCAGCUGACUUCGCAGUUUGCUCGCCCCGCUCAUGAGGCGCCCAUCAACACGUUGCAACGUUUGCAGUUCGUGAUGCAACAGGAUGGCUAUCGCUUGUAUGUGGAGAAGGAGAGCAGUUCCUUGGAGAUGCUUGAGAAUGGCACCGAACUCUUUCGCCAGCUCUACGCAUUGAUGCGGCAACAACAGCCCGACGAUCAUCGCGCUUUCCUCAUUGACUCGGUGGAGGCGGGCAUUAAGCUCAUAGCGGAUGGCAGGGAGAACAAAGCUGUCUUGGGGGGACGUGAGACGCUCUACUUUAACAUACAACAAUACGGAGCCAAGAACUUUCAAUUGAGUCAGAAACUCUACACUCGAUACUCGGCGGUGGCGGUGCAGAUCGGUUGUCCCUUCCUCGACAGUCUCAAUGAUGUUCUAAUGCACUUGUUUGAGGGUGGAAUUCUGGACAAGAUGACCACAGCGGAGUACGAGGCACAAGCACGCAUGAUGACCAAGGAUCAGGCUCAACAAUCGAAAGAACUGGCUGCCGCUGAGAAUGCGAAUACGAAGAGCAACGAGGCCAAGGCGCAGCCUCAACAUGCCCAGGACAACGAGAUGAUUAGCGCCUUGAAUCUGCGGAUGCUGCAAGGCGCCUUCAUCGCCCUCGCCGUUGGCUCCCUCACAGCAGCUCUAAUGUUGCUGCUGGAACUCUGCUAUCGACGCUUGAAUCUAGCGCAGUCGCUGCGACGUCGACGUCUGCGUUGGCUGCGACGCUGGCGACGCCUUCAGCUGCUUCAGUUGUUUCAAAUGCUGCGUCAGUUGAGCGUGCGAAUCUUUGCACAGAAUUUGGGUUGAUUACUUUAUCGCAUCUCUGCGUUAUUUUUAUGCAAACCAUUAGCAAUGAGAUUUGGACUUGACUUGGCGCUAGCUUAUUUGAUCACCAUACGCACAGUGACAACAAAGCAACAAGAAUACUUUAUUAAAAUACAGUAAAUAUUGGUUAUAGAU